GCUGGUGUCAGGAAGACCUCACCUAACCUCACCACAAAGCUAUCUUUUCAUAAAAUACCCUCGAAGCAUCAGACUCCUGCCUUGAUCUGGAUUGCUCACAAACCGACUUCCCACGUGAAGGACCUUCUUUUUGAAUGCUUUGACGGAAUUUGGAAUGUUACUGCCUGUGUUUAUCUGAUGGAGGAUUAAGAAGAUUUCAAGCAAAAAUUUUCGGCACUGGAAGACACCACAGGAUAUACAAAAUGUCCUCAAACAGGAGUCAGAAUCCCCAUGGACUCAAGCAGAUUGGCCUGGACCAGAUCUGGGAUGAUCUCAGAGCAGGAAUCCAACAGGUUUACACCAGACAAAGUAUGGCGAAGUCCAGAUAUAUGGAACUCUACACUCAUGUUUAUAACUACUGUACUAGUGUACACCAGUCUAAUCAAGCCCGAGGAGCUGGAGUCCCUCCUUCUAAGUCUAAAAAAGGUCAGACGCCCGGUGGAGCUCAGUUUGUUGGAUUGGAACUCUACAAACGACUUAAAGAAUUCUUGAAGAACUACUUGACAAACCUUCUUAAGGAUGGAGAAGACCUGAUGGAUGAAAGUGUACUGAAAUUCUAUACUCAACAGUGGGAAGAUUACCGAUUCUCAAGCAAAGUAUUGAAUGGGAUCUGUGCCUACCUCAAUCGACAUUGGGUUCGCCGUGAGUGUGAUGAAGGACGCAAAGGAAUAUAUGAAAUCUAUUCACUUGCUUUGGUGACCUGGAGGGAUUGCCUGUUUAGACCAUUAAAUAAGCAGGUAACCAAUGCCGUUUUGAAACUGAUUGAAAAAGAAAGAAAUGGUGAAACGAUCAACACAAGGCUGAUUAGUGGAGUUGUACAGUCAUAUGUGGAACUAGGGCUGAAUGAAGAUGAUGCAUUUGCUAAGGGGCCUACACUAACAGUAUAUAAAGAGUCCUUUGAAUCCCAGUUUUUGGCUGACACCGAAAGAUUUUACACAAGGGAAAGCACAGAAUUCUUGCAACAAAACCCUGUUACAGAGUACAUGAAAAAGGCAGAGGCUCGCCUUUUGGAGGAACAGCGGCGAGUUCAGGUGUACCUUCAUGAAAGCACGCAGGAUGAGUUAGCACGAAAAUGUGAACAAGUUCUUAUUGAGAAACACCUGGAGAUCUUUCACACUGAAUUUCAGAAUUUAUUGGAUGCUGACAAAAAUGAAGAUUUGGGGAGGAUGUAUAAUCUUGUAUCUCGAAUCCAGGAUGGCCUCGGAGAACUGAAAAAGCUGUUGGAAACCCAUAUUCAUAAUCAAGGUCUAGCUGCAAUUGAAAAAUGUGGAGAAGCUGCUUUAAAUGACCCAAAAAUGUAUGUACAGACAGUGUUGGAUGUUCAUAAGAAAUAUAAUGCACUAGUGAUGUCAGCUUUCAACAACGAUGCUGGCUUUGUAGCUGCACUUGAUAAAGCUUGUGGACGCUUUAUAAAUAACAACGCAGUGACAAAAAUGGCCCAGUCGUCCAGUAAAUCCCCCGAGCUGCUGGCCCGGUAUUGUGAUUCCUUGCUCAAGAAAAGCUCAAAGAACCCAGAGGAAGCAGAGCUAGAAGAUACGCUCAAUCAAGUGAUGGUUGUCUUCAAGUACAUUGAAGAUAAAGACGUAUUUCAAAAGUUCUAUGCCAAAAUGUUGGCAAAGAGACUUGUACACCAAAACAGCGCGAGUGAUGAUGCAGAGGCGAGCAUGAUCUCCAAACUGAAGCAAGCCUGUGGUUUUGAAUACACUUCCAAGCUACAGCGAAUGUUUCAAGACAUUGGUGUAAGCAAAGAUUUAAAUGAACAGUUCAAAAAACACCUGACCAAUUCUGAACCAUUAGAUUUGGAUUUUAGUAUACAAGUCCUGAGUUCUGGAUCUUGGCCCUUUCAACAGUCGUGUACAUUUGCCCUGCCUUCAGAGCUGGAACGUAGUUAUCAGCGAUUUACAGCUUUUUAUGCUAGUCGCCACAGUGGAAGAAAAUUGACUUGGUUAUAUCAACUCUCCAAAGGGGAAUUGGUAACCAACUGUUUCAAAAACAGAUACACCUUGCAGGCGUCUACAUUCCAGAUGGCAAUUCUACUGCAAUACAACACAGAAGAUGCCUACACUGUUCAGCAGCUGACGGACAGCACUCAAAUCAAAAUGGAUAUUUUAGCACAAGUUCUACAGAUUUUGUUGAAGUCCAAGCUAUUGGUUUUGGAAGAUGAAAAUGCAAACGUUGAUGAGAUGGAAUUGAAACCGGAUACCUUAAUAAAAUUAUAUCUUGGCUAUAAAAACAAAAAAUUGAGGGUGAACAUUAACGUGCCAAUGAAGACGGAACAGAAGCAGGAGCAAGAAACCACCCACAAGAAUAUAGAGGAAGACCGGAAACUAUUGAUUCAGGCUGCUAUCGUGCGGAUCAUGAAAAUGCGGAAGGUUUUAAAACACCAGCAAUUGCUUGGAGAAGUGCUAACCCAACUGUCCUCGAGAUUCAAACCACGGGUCCCAGUAAUUAAGAAAUGCAUCGACAUCCUGAUCGAGAAGGAGUACCUGGAGCGUGUCGACGGGGAAAAGGACACCUACAGCUACUUGGCUUAACCGUUCGGGGCAGUCAUCUGACAGUGUGGCGCCCAGCAAACAGUGAUGCGACGGCAAGAAUGAAAUGGACAGAACUUCACAGCAGCCAAGCCGCUGCCACCCGGACUCCCUUUUUAACCUGAGACGUGGACUCCCAUCAGCCGGUCUCAAACUUCAUCGGAACUGCUCAGGAUUGAUACAUUUCAAGUAUGUAAAUAUGGACACCCACGCCAUUUAACCUAAUUUAAGAACAGAGAGGAAUCAAACCUUCCACACCGAGGGUUGCAUGCUACUCAAUACUUAAAUCAAUACAUCGGCUAGAAGAUAACCCGCUGCCGCCCCGAGACGGUCCUAUAAAUGUGUCGGCAGCACGUGGAGAAGAGAGUCUGGAAAGGCCCCCGUGUAAUCUGCUAUGAACAACCAUUUGUAUAGUGUGUUUCAUUUUUUAAUGCGUGAAAAUAAAAAAAAAACAAUUAAAAAAGAUUUCUGUAUAA